AUGCCGAAGCCCCCUGUGCUUCCGCCAUGCUGCCCCACCAGCCUGGGCUCUGUCCCCGAGCCGGGCUCCCUGGCGGGGCAGUUACACCUGCACGCGACUGAGGGCAGGCUCAGGAAGGCCAAGAAGCUGCUGAAGAGAGGGGUGGACGUGGAUGGCCAAAACACAGCUGGACAGACAGGCCUCUUCGUUGCCGCACUGCUGGGACACACUGUGGUCGCCCGGCUCUUCCUCCGGUUCAGAGCAGAUCCCAACCACCGGUGUUAUGAUGGCAGCACCCCCGUCCAUGCUGCCGCCUUCUCCUGCCAGCGGCUCCUCUUCGCCCAAGUCCUGGAGGCGGGAGGUGACCUGAGACUCCAUGAUCAGCAGGGCAGGACCCCCCAGGACUGGGCCGAACAAGCUGGGAGUGACCAGAAUGCCGAGGUGCUGGCAUUCAUUCAGCAGUGCCGUGCCCGAAUGGUGGGGCUGACUCAGCACGGGGAGCAGGGAGCCACGCAGACGCUUUCCAGCAGAGUAGGGGGCUCGCCACGCAGCCUGCGUUCCUCCUUCUCCUCCUUGUCCUCGCUGCUCUCUGCCUCCUUCUGGUUUCUGGACAGCUCUGGGACAGGUUGGAGCGGCAGGGGACCUGUGGUGGGGUUUGGCCAGCUGUGCCCCAGUGGCCCCCUGCGCCCCAGUUUUGCCUCUGUCACCCCCAUCGCAGACCCGGACGAGCUGCUGCGGGCCCAGGCCGAGCCAGACCGGAGCUAUGAGAAUGGGCCCUACACGCUCAUGAGCAACUGCCUGUGGAAGGGACAGUUCGUCACUGUGCGAGGGCUGAAACCAGAGCCCCCCGGCAGCAGGCCCCACGGCCCCAUGGACUUGCUGGUGGCAGAGCAACAGCACUGCAGCCGUCUGCACCACCCCCAGCUGCUGCUGCUCCUGGCUGUGAGCCCUUCCCUGGACUUGCGUGAGGUGCGUCUGGUGUUCGAGAGGGUGGAGAUGGGCUCCCUCUACUGGGCCCUGCACCAAGAGGCACCCUGCCCCCCUGCACCCCCCUCCUGCCUGGCUGCCUUGCGCCUGCUGCUGCAGCUGUGUGAGGCGCUGCUGUUCCUGCAUGGGCAGGGGUAUGUGCAUCGUGCUCUCACCUCUCACGCCGUCCAGCUGGUGCGCCCCGGCCUGGCCAAACUCGGCAGCCUGGAGUACAUGCAGCCACGGGCUGAGACUGGGCCUCGGGACCCCGCACCACCCCCCGAUCUCUAUAACUGGCUGCCCCCAGAGGUGAUCCGUGACCGCCCAGCCUCCACGACCUCCGACCUAUACAGUUUCUGUGCCGUCACCCAGGAGAUCUUCACAGGUGCCGUGCCCUGGUACGGGGCGGAGGGUGCGGCUGUGCGGCAGUGGGUGCAGGCAGGGCGGGCUCUGGCCCCUGAUGCCUGUGUGCCCCCACCCUGCUAUGAGGUGGUGAGGGCUGGACUGGCCUUCCGGGAGCGGGAACGCUGUGGCUCGCUGCCUGACAUUCGCUACGUCCUGCGCAAGGCCCUGCAGAAGGCCACAGGGCGGCCAGGCGGCCCACUGUCCCUGUCUCCCAGGAGGCUGUGCGUAUGGGCAGGAGAGGCUUGGACCCCCCUGGAGUGCCUCCCUGCAGCCCCUGCAGAACCACUCUACUAUGAGGUAGGGGAUGGCAGCCCAGAGCGGGCAGCAGCCGAUGGCAACACAGACCGAUGGGCUGAGCCGGGCAGGGGCAGCCCAAUGCCCGGGCUGCAGGGCAAGGAGCAGCCCACCCCCCAUGUGAGCCAGGCCAGGGAAGCCUCAGACAGCAGCUUGGAGGUGGACAGCAGCAGCCAGGAGGAGUCAAGGGGCUGGGAGAGUGGCAGCCCAGGCUCCAGCACCACGGAGCCGGCCCGGUCCCCAGCCCUGUCCUGUGUGAGUAGCCUCCAGGCCUCGGCCUGCCUGCUCGAUCAAGCCCAAGCUUCGCUGGAAACCCUGGAGCGCCGCUUUGCCUCUGGCAUCCAGGCCCUGCAGGACUUCGUCAGCCUCCAGGGGGCGCUCCCGGCCCGGCCCUGCUGCGGCAGGCGUGGGGCUGGCCAAGCAGGGGCCCCACAGGCAUGCUGCAGCCUGGGGGCCCUGCAAGGGUCUGGCCGGCCACCCAUGGCCCCAGCAGGUGAGCUCAGCGGGGCCAGUGUGGGGCCCGAGGGUCGUCCCCUGCAGACCCUCAUCGAUUUCUCUGCCUGGGUACGAAUGCAGGAGCAGCAGCAGGGCCUGGGAUGCUCCAAGCCAGCCCAUGAACCCGCCCCGGACAGCUCCUUUGGCACCCUGCAGUCGCUGGACCUGCUGCAGGAGAUCAUCGACGAGCUGAAGGGCACGGGAGAUGCCAGGGCCAGGCGGCCGGCGGGCAGGGAGCAGAGCAGGGCAGCACGGCAGAAGAGGACGGCUUGGCCCCACGCAGCAGCUGAGAGUGGCACCGUGCCCCUGCACCAGGACAGCUGGGGUGCAGGAGGAAGGGGGCUUGGGCCUCCCUCUAAGAGAUAGAUGGCCAAGAUCUGCCACCCCCUCGUUCACUAAUAAAUAGCCUGGCCAGAGCCGGGGGCUGUGUGCAAUGAGAGGGCACCCCCCCACACCCCCAGCAUCUAGCCAGAGCCCCCGGCCAAGGACUCCCAGCCAGAGACACAUCCCCACCCUCCCAUCCCCCACACAGCUGGAUGCUGGGGGCCAGCCCCAGCCCAGGGCUCCUGCUUCUUCCGUUUAUUGUAAAACCAAGGAGGAUGCAGGGACAUUGCAGCUGGGGGGGGCCCCCCCAGUCAGUAACAGGAGAGCUGCAGAGAGGGUCUCCUACCCCAGCCCCCCAAGACAGGUGCCAAUCAUCCCCACCACAUCCUCAUCCCCACUGAUGGGAACCUCGGGCCGACUCCUCCCUUUCCCAGGCCCUGGGGCUGACGGGAGACUCAGGCCGGCCCCUGCUUUCAUAGCUCAGCGCCAGACACCUCCCACCCCUGCACAGUACGAGUUACACUAUUGACAGAGCCCC